AAGGAAUCUGUGAAAGAAUAUUGUGAAAUGUUUUUCCUAUAUGUGGUGACUAGUAUGUCUAGUGGUAAAUCUGCUGAAAACAUUAAAGAAAAAUUCAUUCGUAGCCUAUUACCUGCAUACGAGACAAAAGUCACUUCAUGCGACUUAGGACUUCCAUUUGAUUCUUUGAUAGAUAGACUUAUUAUUUACAAAAAGAACAGACUAGCUGGUCCGGAGCAG